AUGGGAGGGAGGCAUGAGGAGAAUUACUUAGACCUCAACAAUCUGCCAGAUGAUUUUUCUAGAGAUGGCAAUAAGCAAGCCCUCGAGGAAGGCUCUUCUUCUGGUCAGAGAAAGAAGAAAGGAAGUAAAGAAGGGAAAGAUGAAAGCGGUAAGGUGUACGAAUGUCGAUUUUGUUCACUCAAGUUCUGCAAAUCCCAAGCUCUUGGUGGCCACAUGAAUCGCCACCGACAAGGCAUGGAGACCGAGACAUUGAAUCAAGCUCGUCAAUUGGUCUACCGUAACGAUACCUUAACCCCACCUGGAAUUACGCCUUUCGGGUAUCAUACCGCAGAUCCAACAAUGUACCGGUCGGUUUACUCAUCACCAGUGCUAUAUGCCGGAAACUCCUCAACAAACUUGGCUCCCCAACCGCUUCAACCGCCAUAUCCAUACACUUCAAACCAAUACUCUCCUCACAAUCACAUCAACGAUUACUACUUAAGCCAAUCCUUUCGAGGCAGCAGAAGCAUCUCUCCAAACCCUAAUCUCCCCACCACCACAACCGUUAAUUACAUGGCCGAUGGUCCCGUGGGAUCGAGCUACACUUGCGUUGGUGCACCCAUUGAUCAGACCGGUUUCCCUAGCCGUGGCUCCACCAGCAUCCGUGCGGCCCCGCCGCUCGAACCGCCACAAGGUCGUGAUGCUGACGCUACACGGCAGCGUUUGGAUCAGUCUCUUCGGUUACCCGGUAACCGGUUUCAAGAUCAUCAUCACUCGCUCUGAGUUUUAACAUAUUUUCUCUGCUUUUCUUUUCUUGGGUAUUUGUUUGUAAUUUUGUUGGAUCUUGAAUUGUCCAAACGCCAUGGAUCCUACGUGUGUUAUUACCAAAUGGCCCGUUUGUUGUCUUUUUCUUGUUCUUUCUCGUUUUGUAGUUGAAAUAAUUAAUUAUUAGAAUCGAAUUAAUCUCAACUGGUUUAUGUGUUUUA